AUAAUGUGUAUUAUAUUCAAUUCAAUUCUGUGCCUUAAGUAAUAAGCAAUGAAACAGUUCUUAUUGUUGACGGUUGUGUCGAUUCUUGUGUUUGGCAAGGUUAACGGCCAACAAAAAACAUAUGCACAGUUGGCGGAUAGUUUUAUGGCAAAAGCAACCUUGGCAGAUAAAAAAAAUCGAAUUUUUUGGGGCGAUGAACUGAGAACUGUUUUCACUAUUUACCAAAACAUCUCACAAACUGACGCAUUUGAAACUUUAAGUAAAACAGUACUAUUUGAUAUUAUUAAACCUGUAGAGAAUGGCUUGAAUAGAUUCCCUUAUGAAAUGGAUGUGAUUGAAACAAAUGGCCAGUUUGGCGUAAUUUUGAGCAAUCAACAUAAGGUGAAUGACUUAUAUAAUGAAUUAAGCGAAGAACUUCAGAGUAAGGCAAGUGCGGAGGGAGCCUAUUAUAAUAGGUUCUUUAAUUCUCCAUUGGCAAAGGAGAAACUCUCAGGAUCACGCCUUAAAAGAGUUUUUAAAGAUUUGUACACCAUGAAAACAAAUCAAAAAAAAUUUCAAACAUUAUUAGGUGGUGAAUUAAGUGCACUGAAAACUGAAAAAGCAACAUUCUUAGAAGACAUUCAAACACUUCUCUGUGUCGCCCAAACUGCGUCAUCUGUAGCAGAUAUAUCUUCUGCUUUAUCCAAUUUCAAAGCAUCCCAAGAUGAAGUAUGGGAUCGUCUAAAAGUUAUUAGGACCAUCGUAUUACGAUACUAUACAGAACGUGAUAUUUGGGCAGAUUUUGUUGUUGGAUACAGAAAAAGUCUUGACGCUUCUCUGGAACUUUUCAAACAAAUUGGAGCAUGGGAAAAGGGAUUGAAGGCCGUUAAAAAGAGUCCUAACAAACUUAAAAAAAUGCUUACCAAAAAAAGAUAAAUCUAUAUUUUGGCCGGCUGAUCAAAAUGUCUAUGAUCUUAUACUUUGGCAUUUGAAAUGAAUUAAAAAAAUGGUGUAUUCGAAAAAAAGUUGCAUAUUUUUUUUAAAACACUCAUAAACAAACAUGUUUUCAAAUUAAGAUCUUUUAGAUGAUACUGUAAGUCUUAAUAUCAUUCCCUCAGUAUCAUCUAAUUUAGAACCCAAGCAGACUGUACAUCAGUUGCGAAAACACUAAAUACAUAUUGUUUCUCUUUUUCAUGUAUUUGCA